AUGUCAAAAUCAACAAUUACUUUUAAUAAAUAUGGAUUGUAUUUACAAUGGCCGCAUGUUUGGAUAAUUAUACUUGGACUGAUACUAAUCUUUCUUUGUUUAAGUAUAGCUGGUAUGGAAGUGGGUCAUACAAUUUUUGAUUUACGUCGAUCAACAGCCUUUGGAGGUUUUAUUGUUUUUAUUCCUUUAAUGAUCUGUGCCAUUUUCGUUUUGAUUACUGCAUACAAGCCACGUUUGAUUAUUCUUCGUAUUACUGUAAUAUUAUGUUGUAUCAUGAUUAUAUUAUGUAUGGCCUUAAUAGCUUAUGAUAUUCUUGUUCUUAUUGAUCCUAGUCGAUGUUACUUUUUAAAUUGUAAUGAUGCUUCAGUUGAUAUAUCUAAUUCAACACAUAAUAUAAUCAUAACUGGUUGGCCACUCUAUAUAACAUGGCCAAAUUAUUUUCAAACAAAUAUGAAUGCAAAACGUAUAUUUCAAAGUAUUCAAAUAUUUUGUGCUGGCUUAUUUAUCUUAUUUGUAUCUUUAUAUAUAUUAACAUAUAUUAUUUAUAGACAUAUUAGAUUAUAUCAACAAAUUAUUUCUAAUGCUGAUCUUCGUAUACUUUCAACAAAUCAAACAAAUAGAAUGUCACGAAGAACAUAUUCCAAUAAUGUAUCUCAAUCAUAUCCACAAUAUAAUCCUCAUCAUAAAGUAACAACAUAUAUGGUUGAAAGUCAACCAUACACAUCAUCACAAUAUCAUUAUUCAUCAGCAGCAGUACCGUCCGUUACAACAACAAAAACAUUUCUAGGACCAAGAGCUAGUUCAGCUAACUAUGAUCGAUUAUGUACACGUUGUAAUCAAGAACCACGAAUGAUAUUAACUACAUAUUAUGAACGUAAAAAUCUCUUUCCAUAUUUAUGCAUUAAGUGUAAUAAUGAACUUGUAAGUCAUCGACGAAUACCAUCAUCCAGCCAGUCAAAACAUAAUCCCAUAUGGAGACCUUAA